AUGAAUUUUAUACUAGGAAAUAAAAAGGAAAUAUAUUUAAAAUUCACGAAAAAGGGAAAUAAGGGUGCAGACGUGAUGAUGACGUCAGCGCCCAGCGAGCGCGAAUCGGGCGGAAACAGAGUUCCGCCCGGCGAUUCUUACGUAAGCGAUUACGGACGAUUUAAUUGAUCAAAUUAAGAUCUGUAAAAUCCGGAAGAAUCGUAAUGGAAUGAAGAAUAGUUUGGUAAAUUUAAAUUACACAAAUUAUCACUAAAUGAAACGUAAAGUAAAUUGAAAGCAGGAAAACAGAGUUCCGGCGUCGCGACGGCGAUGCGUCGGCGAUGCACCGGAAUCCUGAGCGUUCGGGAGGAUCGUCGUGCAGUGUCCACGGCCUCGAAGGCUCUCUUUGGACAAAGACGACGUGGGCAAUCUCUAGAUCUUCUCGCGAAGUCUAGAGAUCAAUGAAGUGGGUCGUCGAAUCGUCUCCGGCGGCUGUCACCCGGCGGAGCAGAAAAACGGCGACUUUGCGGCUCUCCGGCGGCUGUCACCCGACGGAGAGGAGCUGGAUGGAGGUGGGGCGCGUGUCAGGGAGCUUCAUCCUCAGGUCCGCGCAGCAAGAGGAGGCUCUUCAUCGCAUCUGGUACGCUCUCAGGAGGUGGCGACUGGUCUCCCGGCGGAUCGUCCUCUUCCCGACGACGGCUUGUUCGUCGAUCAAUCGGAGAUGA